AUGAGGCCAGAGGGGAGCCGCGUCAUGCUGAGUAGCAUUGUCAGGAAGGAGGGGGUAGACGAGUCUGACAGUCGCUCUAUCACUCCCAUGUUUGAAGAGGAGAGACCAAAGGAGAACGCGAAACUAAAAAACCAGGUGUCGCAACUGAAGAACCAGCUUAAAGAUCUGGAGGAUACUUUGAGAGAGAAAUCCCAGAGGGUCGAAAGAGUGCAGAGGUCAGAGAGAUCUCACAGGGCAGAGAAAUCGUACCGGUCAGAGAAAUCGCAUCGGUCAAAAAGGUCACAUCAGACUAGAAGGUCAGAGGGACGAGAACAGGAGUACUCCUCUGGUAAACAGGAACACAGGGUCCACAAGCGCCAUCACGCUCACAACUCGCCAAAGAAAAUAACGGAGCACGGGAGGUAUAAGGAUGAUAAGCGGGCUAGGACAUCAAAAACCCAUACCACUACCAGCCGGAGCCCAUUCUCCGCUGACAUCCUCGCGGACACUCUGCCGAGAAAUUACAAGCCUAUUUCACUGGAUUAUGACGGUACCACUGACCCGGAGGUGCACCUCAGCUGUUUCGAGGGUUUAGUAUCAUUACAUAUGUACAUAGAGGGCAUCAAGUGCCGAUUAUUCUACACCACUCUGACGGGACCUGCCCAGCUGUGGUUCGGAACGCUAGCCCCGAACUCCAUUCACUCAUUCGAGGGCUUGCGGACACAUUUUCUGAGACAAUUCGCGAGCUCGCGAAGGGUAGGGAAGUCAGCCAUCUCUUUAAUGGACAUCAAACAAGAUCAAAAUGAAACACUACGGGAGUAUACCACCCGGUUCAAUCUCGCUGCUCUGGAGGUACCAGAGGAGGAGUCACAGAUAAAGAAUUGUGCAUAUGUCAGAGGAUUGAAGCCGGGACUUUUCUUCGACGAAUUGCAAAUCAGACCAGCCAGGGAUUUCGAUGAUAUCAUGGCAAGGUUACCUGGGUAUUUACAGCUGGAGGACGCCCGGAUGGUGCGAAAGGCUGAAAAUGAUAGACAUAAGGCUAAAAGGGCAGAAGCUACACCGGAGCAGAAUAACAAGAGUCAGGACUGGGCACCUUUCAGAGGGUUGCCCCCGAGGGUUAUUCAGCCUCAAAUAGAAGUGCCACCUCGCCAACAGCGCACUGUAAACGAAGUCAACCGUUUCGACGAAUACACCCCCCCUGAAUAA